AUGGAGGCCUUACUGCCCGCGGACACGUUGGAGCACGAGUCGCUAGUUCGAUUCCCAGGAGCGCUCAUUAGACAGCCGCCACUCAGGAAACACACCUCCCGGCAGCCAAUGAGACGCUGCCCUGCAACCCACGCAGGUCCCGCCUACACACGAACCGACGCUAACACACACACCUUUCAGAGCUGUGAGCGAGGUCUGCUCUGA